AUGUCCCGCUUCCUCCGACCGGCAGCUCGCCUCACCACUUCGGCCAGGGCGUCCAUCAUUCCCAGGGCUUCCGCGACUCAAAGCCUCUCUCAGCUUUCGCGCACUGCUCUCGCUCACAAUGCAUACUUUGGUGCCUCGCAGACUCAGUCGCGUUCAUACGCUGAGGGCCAAGGCAUCAAGGAGUACACGGUCCGUGACGCCCUCAACGAGGCUCUGGCUGAGGAGCUCGAGAGCAACGACAAGGUCUUCAUCCUUGGCGAGGAGGUUGCCCAGUACAACGGUGCCUACAAGGUUACUAAGGGUCUCCUCGACCGUUUUGGUGAGAAGCGUGUCAUUGACACUCCCAUCACCGAGUCCGGCUUCUGCGGUCUCGCCGUCGGUGCUGCCCUGAGUGGCCUUAACCCUGUUUGCGAGUUCAUGACUUUCAACUUCGCCAUGCAGGCCAUCGACCAGAUUGUCAACUCGGCCGCCAAGACCCUCUAUAUGUCUGGUGGUAUCCAGCCCUGCAACAUCACCUUCCGCGGUCCCAACGGUUUCGCUUCUGGCGUCGCCGCCCAGCACUCUCAGGACUACUCAGCCUGGUACGGCUCCAUCCCCGGUCUCAAGGUUGUCUCUCCCUGGAGUGCCGAGGACGCCAAGGGUCUCCUCAAGGCUGCCAUCCGCGACCCCAACCCCGUCUGUGUCCUCGAGAACGAGCUCAUGUACGGCCAGACCUUCCCCAUGUCCGAGGCUGCCCAGAAAGAUGACUUCGUCAUUCCCUUCGGCAAGGCCAAGAUUGAGCGCGCUGGAACCGACCUGACCCUCGUCGCUGCCUCCCGCUGCGUCGGCCAGGCCCUCGCUGCCGCCGAGAACCUCAAGACCAACUACGGCGUUGAGGCUGAGGUUGUCAACCUACGCUCCAUCAAACCCCUCGACAUUGAGACCAUCAUUCAGUCCGUCAAGAAGACCAACCGCCUCAUGGUUGUCGACUCUAGCUACCCUAUGUUCGGUGUGGCCGCCGAGAUCCUUGCUGUCGCCAUGGAGUACGGCUUCGACUAUCUCGAUGCCCCUGCCCAGCGUGUCACUGGUGCCGAGGUCCCCACCCCCUACGCCCAGAAGCUAGAGGAGAUGUCCUUCCCUACUGAGGCCCUCAUCGAGUCUCAGGCUGCCAAGCUCCUCCGCCUGUAA